UCCCCUCUUUGUCUUAAAACUCACUAGGCUCUUGCUGAACUUUGGGACAGGUUGGAACAAAAGUUAUGCAGUGUUGACACCGGUGGUAAACAAAUAAAGAGGCGAGCAAAAGCAAAUUCCAGUGUUUUUGAUAUGAGGCUUCGCUAUAUACAUUGGCAGGUAUCAACCGUUCGAGAUGGAGAGAGGAGGCAGCGAUGAUGAAGGCAGGAGCGGGGACACUCCAGAAGAGAGCCGGGGUAGUCCUAACGGACAGGACGACAACAAUGUACUCGGUGCACAGCGACUUCGGCACCGCGUCAACCACCUCUCUUAUCUGAUCGACACAUUGCUACACUCUUUGGCCCACCAGUCUGACUGCAGGGAACGUGAAGCAAGGCUGGGAUUCGUGCGAAACGAACUGCACCAGCUACAACGCAUCUACAACGACUUAUGUAACACGCACGCUGCCUUAGACAACCGUACGCGCGAAAUCCUCGACACGAUGUGCGAGCAGCUCUUCCGUAAGCUACCCAGUAUAGUUCAGCAGCUCGCGACAUGUGAGAACCGUCGUCGUCGCGACAAGGAGAAGAUCAAGGAACUCCAAAAUAGGCUCCGCUCUAACGAGAGAAUCCUGGCUCGCCAUGAAACCGCACUUGAGGAAAGGGACAGUCGUCUCUCUACCUUAGAAUUUGGCAGCUACGAUGGCAAGCUUACAUGGAAGAUCGACGAUUUCAAGCACAGGCGACAAAACGCCAUCUCGGGGAAGGAUAUAAAAAUCGAUUCUCCUAAUUUCUACACAAGUCGUUACGGAUACAAGAUGUUUGCUCGUAUCUACUUGGACGGAGACGGCGAGGGAAAGGGAACGCACAUCUCCGUGUUCUUAGUCAUCGUGAAGGGAGACUACGACCAACUUCUGACGUGGCCUUUCCGCCAGAAGAUCACUUUCGAAUGUGUGGACCAGAAUGGAGGUUCUGGCGUGAUGGAAUCCUACCGCCCAGACGUCGCAAGUGCUGCCUUUAAGCGCCCUACCAAUACUGCAAACAUUGCCAGUGGCUGUCCACUGUUCGUGCCGCUCAGUGAGCUCAAGAACACCCACCGUGCCUUAGUCAAGGAUGACACCAUGUUCAUGAAGGUGACAGUGGAUGUCUCCAACCUCAACUGA